AUGCUCGCACGCACAGGCAUCGUCCCCGCCGCGCGCGCAUCGCCCCUCGCCGCCGCCAUUGCCCCGCCGCUCCGCUCCCCCACCAUCCUCAUCGCUCGCCGCACUCUCGCGACUCGCCCGCACCCUUUAGCCUCUCGCGUCACGCCAAAAGGUCCCGUACCCGCCGGCAAGACCCCGUCCCACCUGCGCGCCCGCCCUCAACGCCUCAGCGUCCUCAGCGCCAUCCUCCUCGCGUCCCUCACCGGCUCGCUCACGUACGCUCUCGGCCGGCAAGAGGCGUCGAGCAAGGCCGGUCCGACCAAGGAGUACAAGGACCCGACCCUCGACGGCUUCACCAAGGCGCUCGACGAGAUCCGCGCGUGGCUGUCGGACGAGGACCUCGACACGAGCCGCGACACGCUCGUCGCGCACGGCUACAACGAGUGGGCUGCACAUGGUCCGACGGGCCUGCCCGGCGCGGUCCUGUACCCUCGCUCGACCGAGGACGUCGUCAAGAUUGUCCAGACGGCGGCCAAGUACUCGAUCCCGCUCAUCCCGUACUGCGCCGGUACGUCGCUCGAGGGCCACACGACCGCGCUCGGGUACGCCAACAACCCGAGCGAGAAGGACGCGCAGGAGAAGCUCGCGCGAGACGGCCAUGUCGAGGUCGACGACCUCGUGCCGGGCCUCGCGCUCGUUCUCGACUUUGCCCAGAACAUGAACAACAUCGUCUCGAUCAACAGCCACGAUCUCGACGCCGUCGUUCAACCCGGGGUCUCGUACGACGCCCUCAACGCCGAGCUCAAGGAGCGAGGCAUCCCGCUCUUCUUCCCCGUCGACCCGGCACCAGGAGCGCAAAUCGGCGGCAUGAUCGGCACGGGCGCCUCGGGCACCAACGCGGUGCGGUACGGCACGAUGCGCGACAACGUCCUUAACUUGACGGUCGUCCUCGCGAGCGGCGAGGUCAUCAAGACGCGGCAACGAGCCAAGAAGUCGUCGGUCGGCCCCGACCUCAGCAGGCUCUUCAUCGGCGCAGAAGGGACCCUCGGCAUUGUCACUGAGGCGACGCUCAAGCUCGCGCCUUUGCUCCCCUCGACCGUCGCCGUCUCGUCCUUCCCGACCAUCGCCGCCGCCGCUGCCGCCGCCCGCGACCUCGUCCAGCACGGCAUCUCGCUCGCGUGCAUCGAGCUCCUCGACGACGUCAUGGUCGACGCGACCAACCAGCAGGCGGGCAAGGGCGCACGCACGUGGCCGGUCAAGCCGAGCCUGUUCCUCAAGUUCAGCGGCACCAAGGAGCAGAUGGCGAUCGACAUCGAGCGCACCAAGAAGAUCACGCAGAGCAACGAGGGGAGCGGGUUCGCGUUCGCGAGGAACGACAAGGAGGCCGAGGAGAUUUGGCAUUCUCGCAAGAUCGCGCUGUGGUCGGCUCUCGAGUACCUCAAGGGCGCCAAGUGCUGGGUCACCGACGUCUGCGUGCCCUUGUCGCGCUUCCCUGAGCUCAUCACCGAGACCAAGGCCGACAUCGACAGCGAGGGCAUCGUCGGACCGAUCGUCAGCCACGCAGGCGACGGCAACUUCCACGCGCUCCUCCUGUUCCGCACGCCCGACGAGCUCGUCAAGGUCGAGCGGCUCGUGCACAACAUGGUCGAGCGGGCGCAGCGCAUGGACGGUACGGCGACGGGCGAACACGGUGUCGGCAUCGGCAAGAAGCCCUACGUCGAGGCCGAGCUCGGCGCCGGAACGGUCCAGCUGCUGCGCGACAUCAAGCGCCAGAUGGACCCGCAGAACAUCCUCAACCCGGGCAAGCUCAUUCCCGAUGAGAAGGGCGAGGAGAAGCGCAUGGCGCACUGA